AUGUGCGGGCUGAGCUUCGAGCUGCUGAGCUGCGAUGGAGGACCACAUGACAGGGCACAACAAGGAGAAGCGUUAUGAGUGUGACUUGUGUGGCAAGGCCUGGCAGAAGCCGUGCCUGCUGGAGAUCCACCGUCGGGUGCACACGGGAGAACGCCCCUUCAACUGCACAGAGUGCGGCAAGAGCUUCACCUGCUACAACAGCCUGCAGGGGCACAGCCGCGCGCAAUCCAGCGAGAGGCCCUUCACCUGCUCCGACUGCAGCAAGAGCUUCAAGACGGCGAAUGAGCUGAAGAUCCACUGGCGGGUGCACACGGGCGAGAAGCCCUAUUGCUGCUCCACCUGCGGCAAGAGCUUUGCCCAGUCAUCGGCAUUGGUGGAGCACCGGCGGGUGCACAGCAGUGAGCGGCCCUUCACCUGCUCCAACUGCGGAAAAGGCUUCAAGUCGUCCAACCAACGGAAGGUGCACAGUCGCCUGCACACCGGGGAAUGGCCCUAUACCUGUGCCCAGUGCGGCAAGGGCUUCACCCAGUCCCACAACCUGCUGGAGCACCAGCGCACCCACACCGGCGAGCGCCCCUUCACCUGCGCCCAGUGCGGCAAGGGCUUCACCAGCUCCACUAGGCUGCAUUCCCACCAGCGGACCCACACCGGGGAGCGCCCCUACACCUGUGCCCAGUGCGGCAAGGGCUUCACCCACUCCGGCAACCUGCUGGUGCACCAGCGCACCCACACUGGCGAGUGCCCCUACACCUGCAUCCAGUGCGGCAAGGGCUACACCAGCCCCACCAGGCUGCUGUUCCACCAGCGCACCCACACCGGCGAGCGCCCCUACACCUGCGCCCAGUGCGGCAAGGGCUUCACCCGCUCCGGCACCCUGCUGGAGCACCAGCGCACCCACACCGGUGAGCGCCCCUACACCUGUGCCCAGUGCGGCAAGGGCUUCACCCGCUCCAGCAACCUGCUGGUGCACCAGCGCACCCACACCGGCGAGCGCCCCUACACCUGCGCUCACUGCGGCAAGGACUUCACCAACUCCUCCAAACUGCUGUACCACCAGCGGGGGCACACCGGCGAGCGUCCCUUCACCUGCGCCCAGUGCGGCAAGCGCUUCACCAGUUCCGGCAACCUGCUGUCCCACCAGCGCACCCACACCGGCGAGCGUCCCUACACCUGCGCCCAGUGUGGCAAGGGCUACACCCAGUCUAGUCACCUGCUGGUGCACCAGCGCACCCACACCGGCGAGCGCCCCUACACCUGCCUCCAGUGCGGCAAGGGCUUCACCCGCUCCACCAGGCUGCUGCAGCACCAGCGCACCCACACCGGCGAGCGCCCCUACACCUGCUCCCAGUGCGGCAAGGGCUUCACCAACUCCUCCAAGCUGCUGUCCCACCAGCGUGUGCACACUGGUGACCAUCCCGUCCCCAGCCCGGUGUGUGGAGAGCUCUUUGCCAUGGCCUCCCACGCCCUGUCUCACCAGCACGUGCACCUCAGUGGCCAGCCCUACGACUGCGCGUACUGCGGUGAAGAGUUUGACAGCUCACGGGGAUUGCGGCAGCACCGGCGGUCCCACGCCAGUGAGCAGCUGCUCCCACUGUAAUGAGAGAGCAUGGGGGCUGCGGGAGCACCAGCGGAUACACAUCGGAGAGAAACCCUUUGU